AGAAAUUCAGAAGCACAGAAGAGAGAAACAAACAAUGUUGAGAAACUUGUUGUCUGCAACAAAACUCGAAUCUUCUUCAAAAUGGCGUUUUCAACCUUCUCCUUCUCUUUACUCCACCGCCACCUCCGAUCCCGGACCAAAGCUUCUGGUGGUCCAACCCCGUCUCCGUUCCGAAAAGCUCUUACAAGCUAAACUCAACGAAGCAUUGUGUCUUGCGAAUUCUCUUGAAGAUCAACGUGAUGGUUAUUUUCACACUGAUUUCUUUGAUAAACCUUUACCUCCUCAUGUUCUUGUUCAGAAUCCUUCCCUUAAAGGCCAUAAACCUCGUGCAGAUACUUAUUUUGGACCUGGAACUGUUGAUACUAUUAAGUGUCAUCUAAAUGCUGAAGAAUCAAAGGGUGAAGUGGAUGCUGUUUUUGUUAAUGCCAUACUGUCUGGUAUUCAGCUACGAAACAUGGAGAGGGCUUGGAAGAAACCAGUGGUCGACCGUAUUGGUCUUAUAAUUGAGAUUUUCAAUGCCCAUGCAUUCACCAAGGAAGCUAAACUGCAGGCUGAACUAGCAGCUCUGUCGUACAAGAAGUCAAGACUUGUUCGUGUUUUAGGCCCUGAUGGUCGCUAUACAUUUGGUGCUUCUGGAGAAGCCGAAGUUGUCAGUGCCCGAGGGAGAGGAAGUGGAGGUGGAGGCCAAGGUUUUAUGAGUGGUGCUGGAGAAACUGAACUUCAGCUUCAACGAAGAAGAGUCUUAGAAAGGAGAAAUUAUCUACUAACACAAAUCGCUGAGGUUCGCCGUACCCGUGCCGUGCAACGUGCUGGACGGAAGAGGCAUGGGGGUCCAUCUGAACAACGCUUAGCCACCGUUGCUGUUGUUGGGUAUACAAAUGCUGGAAAAUCUACAUUAGUUAGCAAUCUAACAGACAGCGAUCUGUAUAGCGAUUGUCGACUCUUUGCUACGGUUGAUCCUAGAUUAAGGAGUGCCGUUCUUCCUUCUGGGAGGAAAGUGCUUUUUAGUGACACGGUAGGAUUUAUAUCCGAGCUGCCUGUACAGUUGGUGGAAGCAUUUCAUGCAACUUUAGAAGAAGUGGUCGAAGCAGACCUGCUUGUGCAUGUGGUUGAUUCUACUGCUCCCAAUCUUGAAGAGCAUCGUACAACGGUGUUACAAGUUCUUCAACAAAUAGGCGUGUCACAAGAGAAGCUUCAGAAUAUGAUUGAAGUUUGGAAUAAGAUUGAUUAUGAAGAAGAGUGCACGGAUGCUGAUGAAUAUCUGGAUGAAGAUGAAGAGGCUAACGAGGAGGAUGUAAAUACCGAUACAUUAACGGAAACCGAAAAUUCCUCUGAGCAGUCACUGUGCGACUCUGAGGUCAUGGAAGAAAAAGAAGACUAUUCUGAUGAUUGGUUGUACGAGGAAGAUACUAUGGCUACCGAAGGCGAUUUUUGUUUGCCUUCACCUGUGGCUGACCAACAGAACGAGUCCUCUAAUAUAGACAAUGGUGUGGAAAAUGUCAGCGCGAUGCUACCGUCUGGUCCACAUGUGAAAACGUCUGCCAUCACAGGAGUUGGCUUGCAAGAGUUGAUGGAGCUAAUAGAUCAGAAACUAAGUAUUCAGGAUAAGGAAUUGAAGGGUGCACAAGUGGUUGAAAGAAAUUUAUUUGAUAGAAAAUGGAGGCCCUCACAUUCACAAGAUUCUAGCAUUGCAGUAGAAAAUUAGCUUGUUUUGUUUUGUGUGCUUUGCUAGUUACUUUUCUGCUACAUGUUUAUCUUCUUAAUCUUAAUAGUUUUGCUAUCAUAAAAGAAUUAGUGGAGACAUUUAAAAUAAUUUUAUUCUAUCAUUUAAUAGCAACCGUUUAUUUCGCCAAA